AGAGAGAGAGAGAUUGGGUGUACAAAGUCGUUGAAGAGAAGGCGAAAAAAUUUUCUUGAAGGAGAAACUUUAUACAGAGGGAGAGAGGGAGAGGGAGAUUCGUUGUUGGGUUCUUGGGUUUGAACGGGGAGGGGAGAGAGGAGGGCCUCCCAGGGUCAUGGGAGGGUCAAGCGAGUCCGUCCCCGUUGAUGUGGAGAAGAUCUAUCUCGGUGGAAAGGAACAUCUCAUUCAAACUGGUUCCGGUUCAGUCUCUGUUAUAGUAUAUGGAGAUCCAGAUAAGCCAGCAUUAAUCACCUAUCCGGAUUUAGCUCUUAAUUAUAUGUCCUGUUUCCAAGGAUUGUUCUUUUGUCCUGAAGCAGCUUCUUUGCUUCUCCACAACUUUUGUGUCUAUCAUAUAAGCCCUCCUGGACACGAGUUGGGAGCCGCUACAAUUUGUCCAGAUGACCCCGUACCUUCCCUCGAUGGUUUAGCUGAUCAGAUUAUCGAGAUCCUAAAUUAUUUUAGGCUCGGUGCAGUUAUGUGCAUGGGGGUCACUGCUGGUGCUUACAUCCUCACCUUAUUUGCUAUGAAAUAUAGGGAGCGUGUUCUUGGGCUAAUAUUGGUAUCACCUUUAUACAGAAUUCCUUCUUGGAGUGAAUGGUUUUACAAUAAGGUUAUGUCAAACCUGCUAUAUUAUUACGGCAUGUGUGGAUUGGUGAAGGAGUACUUGCUCCAGCGGUAUUUCAGCAAGGAAGUUCGAGGUAGCAGUGAAGUUCCAGAAUCGGACAUAGUUAGAGCUUGUAGAAAAUUGCUUGAUGAGAGGCAAAGUGCAAACGUAUCGAGGUUUCUGGAGGCAAUUAACGGAAGACGUGAUAUUACCGGUGGAUUGAAGAGACUGAAAUGCCGAACGCUAAUUUUUGUCGGCGAGCAUUCUACUUUUCACUCCGAGGCUAUCCAUAUGAUGUCAAAGCUGGAUAGGAGAUACAGUGCCCUAGUUGAGGUCCAGGCUUGUGGAUCGAUGGUGACAGAAGAGCAGCCACAUGCAAUGCUGAUCCCCAUGGAGUUCUUCCUCAUGGGGUACGGAUUGUACAGGCCGUGCCAGUUCAGCGACAGCCCGAGGAGCCCUCUCAGCCCGUCUUGCAUCUCUCCCGAGCUCCUCUCUCCCGAGAGCAUGGGCUUGAAGCUCAAACCAAUAAAGACUCGUGUCGCUCUCGAGGACUCGGAUUGAACCAAGUGGGGGUAGGAUCGGAUCGGAAUUAGGGUGUCUUCGAGUUAUCGCUUGCUCGAUAUUUUUUCUUCGUGUUUCUUUGAUUUUUGAUUGGUUCGGAAUGGGAAGGGUAUACAAGGUCAGUUGGGUAAGGGGGGGAGGGCAAUGUAGAUAGGUGGUGGAGGUGGAGGAAGUCUAGGGCAAAACACACAAUUCAUUCAUUUGUAGAGUCAAUCAUAAAGGAACAUGGGCUGUCUAAAUGAACCAGAACUUUCAUAUUCAUUUAGGACAAGCAAUCAAUCAUAGAAAGGAACAACUCUCUCUUUCUUUCUC